AUGGUCCGCCCACCAAGGGAGUGUCGCAGAGAGUACUUAAUUGUGUUCCGCAUUGAUCUCCGUAGUGCUAGUGGGAUGGUGGUGACUCACUGCUUUGACCCAUGGCAGCUCUGUGACUGUGUGGGUAUACAGAGGCCCCAGGCAAGAGUCCCUGUCAUCUAUAUCAAGGGAGCAAUCAGGCAGAACAAUGGGGCUGGUGGAUUGGGUGAGACACUUGAGGACUCAGUGAGGGACAGCAUGGCCUGGCCAGCAGACUCAGUGGCAGCCAGUCAAGGGGUCAGUCUUCACCCCUCCUUGAAGACAGUCAGGUUCCCGCAUAUACGGACCUCCCGUUCCCAUGAAUCUCUCCUGACUAAUCCCUCCAGUAUGCACUCGAUCGAUCUGACCGCGCCAGACCUGGAGAUCAAACCGCUGCACAGUAGCGUCCUGGGACAGGACCACUGCUUCCAAGUGUCAACCAGCCAUGGCAGCAAGUACAUCUCUUGUCGCACUGCAGAGGAGAGGGACAAGUGGAUAGAAAGUUUGCGGCGGACUGUUCGCCCCAACCAGGAGGAAUGUCGAAGGACGGACAACUCCAUGAAACUUUGGGUGAUAGAAGCAAAGAAUGUCUCUCCCAAAAAGAGGUAUUUCUGUGAAAUUCUGCUGGACAAGACGCUGUAUGCCCGGACGUCCAGUAAACCCAAGAACGACAUGCUCUUCUGGGGGGAACACUUUGAGUUCAAUAAUCUGCCACCAGUGGAGUUCAUCACUGUCAACUUGUUCCGGGAGGCGGACCGGAAGAAAAAGAAAGACAAAAACACUCUAGUCGGUUACAUAAAUAUUCCGGUGACAGAAAUCAGUAACCGACAGUUUGUAGAGAAAUGGUUCACAGCAGCGUCGGGCACUGUUGGGAAGGCUGGCAAGGAAACCAAGAGUGACCUGCCCAUACUUCCGCUGAAGGCUCGGUACCAGACAGUGCAGAUUUUACCCAUCGAGCUCUACCAGGAUCUAGUCAAGUACCUGACAACGGACUACUGCCAGCUGUGUGAGGCCGUGGAGCCGCUGAUGAAUGUCCGGGAGAAGGAGGACCUUGCCACCACUCUUGUACAUAUCAUGCAGAAGCUCAAUCGAGCUAAAAACUUUCUGUCUGAUGUUGUUAUGGCGGAAAUAGCGCGACUCGACAAUGAACAUCUGACGUUUAGAGGGAACAGUAUUGCAACAAAGGCCAUGGAGGCAUACAUGAAGCUGGUGGGAGAGAAGUACCUACAAGACACUUUGGGAGAGUUUGUCAAGUCCAUCAUUGAGUCCCCUGACGACUGCGAGGUGGACCCGACCAAGGUGCCGAACAACGCCCAGCUGCAGUGUCACCAGAAGAACCUGGAUAUGUACAGCCAGAUGGCCUGGGUGAAGAUCAUCAACUCCUACUGCUACUUCCCCAGUGAACUGAAGGAGGUAUUUGCGAGUUUCCGUGAUCGCUGUCGUCAGCGAGGAAAGGAAGACUUCAGCGACAACCUCAUCAGUGCCUCCAUCUUCCUGCGCUUCCUGUGUCCAGCCAUCUUGUCUCCCAGUCUGUUCAAACUCACGCAAGAGUAUCCCCAGGAGCGUGCUGCUCGGAACCUCACCCUCAUCGCUAAGACAAUCCAGACCCUCGCCAACUUCACCAAGUUCGGAGGGAAGGAGGAGUUUAUGACGUUCAUGAACAGUUUUGUGGAGAGAGAGGCUACCAAUAUGAAGAACUUCCUCAAGAAAAUAUCAAGUCUGGAUGGAGGCAACCAGUUCUUGGAGUAUGAUGGCUUCAUUGACCUGGGCAAGGAGCUCUCGAUUAUUUAUACUUUGCUCAAGGAAUAUCUUGAUAAGGAGCCAGAGGCUACAAGGUUGAAGUUAAAGCGUCUGGAGGGAUACCUGCUUGUUAUCAGUGAUGCCCUUGAAAAUCCUGAGGUCGGCAAAACAAAGCCAGAGAACAACCGUAAGAGUCAAGCGUACGACAACAUGAUGAGCACGCCCAGCAGUCAGAUCAACACCUCGCCGACCGAGGUGCUCCGCGACAUGCUCCGACAGUGUGGGGAAAGUGCUGAUGACCUGCCAAUCUUUGCCAGUCGUAAGGCAGCUCAAAAUGGUGGCACCGACUCAACUAGCAGCAGUGAAGCUGUCCCUAGGAGUAAUGGAACUUAUACACAUUACAAUACCUACUCGUACUCUCGCUCGUACCGCGGAGUGCAGUGGCUAAUGUGUGUGAGACCUCAGAGUGAAAUCAACGAACAGAAAGUUAACGAAUCUUGGAAUCAGAUUGUGAAUGCAGCUGAGACUGUUACUGCAAACCAUGAAUAUAUAGACUUGAUACCCUUCAUGGACGAGGAUCAGCAGAACUCAUCGAUGGAGCUGGAGCCAAUCACCCAUGGCAGCCAGAUGUCCAUCAGCCAGAUGUCAACGGUUGCCUCGUCAGGGUAUCAAUCAUUUGGGUACAGCCAAUCCAACUCUCCGGUGGACCCAGCCAAUCAUCCAGAAUAUUGUCGGGAGAUUACCAAAUCACCCAUCAUUCAUUACCCGAUGCAACCUUUGUCCUUCUCUAACCCUCUUUACAAACACCAGCAGAAGUCUAGUCGUGGAUCAACCCCACCGUCGCUUCGUCAUGUUUCGAGCUCUGACUCCUACAGUAGUGAUGACGAAGCGAGCACGGUGAAGCACAGAAGUCCAGUCAAACUGGAAAGACGUUCACGGUCAAACGACCCAUUACGCAAACUCUCACAACUUUCUAGUUCGACCAGUAAUGAAUCGUUAAGUGACAAGCCUCUAAUGAAUGGAUCUCAAUCGAGUUCAAGCAAUAACCCUGUAUCGUUCUCUCUCGGCCCUCGAAGCUCUAGUCCCUUGCAAGCAACCAGCAGUCCUCGCCCGGAGAGGUCGUGUUCAUACUAUGACACUAUGCCCCAAGACCGACAGACUGUUAGACCAUAUCAGCUGUCCCACAGCAUGGACUUCGGCUGUCUGCAGCAGCAGCAGUACAGUGAACAGCUGCGCAGAACAGCUACAGACUCUGUGAUAUCUCAGAACAUUUCCCCGGCUCACUCAUGUAGUUCAGGCUCUCUAGGGCACAAUUUUUCUCGAGACGACACCCUGUCUUGGAGCAAUCGGCGCCUGUCACCCCAGAGUGCUGUACACAUGGGCAUCAGUUCUGUACAGAGGAAACUACAAGAGCAAGAACGCACCAAACAAGAGUUUGAGAGUGAUGUAGCAGUUCUUCGCACACAGCUGCAAGAGGCUCAGGUGCAGCUGCGAGAGGCGGAAGGCCGACUGCAGGACCAUGAGGCGGGAACACGUGACCUCAUCAACGAGUGGCAGCAUCGGCUGGAGAUGAGCGAGGAAAGGAUGAAGAAACAGCAGGAGGAGAAGGACGGACAAAUGCAGGCCAUUAUUAACAGACUCGUCUCAAUUGAGGAGGAGUUAAAACACGAGCAGCAACAGAUGCAGAAGAUAGUUACCAAGAAACAAGAAGUGAUUGAAGCACAGGAACGGCGGAUCAACACGUUGGACAGUGCCAACUCUAAACUCCUGCAGGCGCUCAACGACCUCAAGGAACGCUACAACACUACACAGAGUCGAAACGGAAUCUCGGGGCCUCCUCGGGCCAAGAUCACAGCCGCCGAUCUCGGGGGAUUCAAGAGCAGUUCGUGUUAGUUGUGCAAGUUUGUGAUAUUGGUGUUGCUUGAACGUAGCCCUCGAUCUCUCAGCAGUGGCUUGUCUGAGGUUGGAACUCGCUAGGGACAUGCAGUAACUUCUCAAGCUUUUUAUGGAAUUUCGUUGCAGGAUUACAUGUGUAUAAAUGGCACGAGACUUAUUAUGAUGUUCAUCAUACAGAAACAGUGCAUUUGGAAUGCAGGAUACCUGAUUGGGUCUUUCACAAAUGAGUAGAAAUCCAUUGAAGACUCAUGAUCUGUUCUCGAAGCUAUGAUUAGCUUUGAGGUAAAUAGUCUGACUAUAUAUAGUGCUAUUGCUAUGACUGACAAUCUGACAGCAGUGACUCAUCUGUACCUGGAGUGCAGACUCAUAUUGUUGAUGGCUGAUGGUGUUCCUGAAGGUGUCUUUUAGUGCUAUAUUUAACCAUAUUCUCAUGUUCAGGCCGGGGCUUGGACUGGGGAUUUUAUGACUGAUUCAGUCUCUAAGACUGGUGCUAGAUGGACAAACGUGUUCAAGGGAGAGAACUCUAGUCUGACACCAGGCGGGCUGGAUGUAAGCGAACAGUCAUGAAAGAUUGGCCGAAUGGAUAAACAUGAACAGUGACUUUGUGACCUUGUAAUCUGUGAUUCAUUGUGAAUAAUCCGUAUUCAUUUUAUUUUGCAAUCAAAAGUUUAAAUUUAAAAGUUAAGAUUUAAUACAUUCUUAUAACUCUGUUAAUUCAUGAGCAUGCCAGUGUAAGAGUGUCGACGAUUUUGUGAGAUUCCGUACUAGUUAGCUUGAAGUUGUUGUAUAUUUUGUAUAAUUCAUGUAUCACUGCCAUAUGAUGUCAUCAGUUUCUGUACCUCGGUUCUGGAUGAAGCUCUCGGCAAGGGACAAUGAAUAAAAGGCAUGCAUGAGUAUGGAGCCUUUUUAGCUGACCAAGUUUCAUUGGUUUAAGAUGCAUUUUUUGUUUUAAACUGGUGCUAAUACUUUUUUUUGUUAUUCACCAUUUCCGGCCUCAUGCUCGGGUGGCUCCUAAUGUCAUGUCUUUUCCUUUGUGAUUUUGUGUAAGCUGGGCAUUACACGUCUGCCACCUUUAGCUCUCUGUAAACCACAGCAGCCCCAACACAGGGUAAUUGUGAUAUCAAACAACAUAGGUUAAUAGCCAAGAUUCAGUAUAACACACAAGAUGUGAAAUAAGGAUGCUUGAUAGGUCAUAGUGUAAUAUGAGGCUGCAGGGCUCGAUUUAGUACUUGGUUACUUGCACUGGUGCAACCCAAAUAUUACACAGUGCAAUCUAGCUAUUAGCUGAGCUUGCACCUGGUGCAACUCAAUUUUUGAAUGGGUAAACUCUCAAUAAAACAUCUAAUUCAAUACCAUAUUUCUUACAUUACAUAUUGCAAUAAAAGCAGUGCAACUGGAAUUUGGCUGGUGCAACUAGGUUUUUAUCUUAGGUUGCACCUGGUGCAAGUAGGUUAACAUUUCUUAAAUCGAGCCCUGGGCUGGAGGACCUGGUAACUCAGUGGGUAGUAUUUACAUCUUCACUCAAAUGUCUUGCUAAGUUAAUAUAUUUAUCUAAAUAUACAGUGUUCUAUGUUUUUAUUUAGAUAAAAAAAAUGCUCAAGAGAUGACAAUUUUGAAAGCAACUUUUCAGAUUGAUAACCAAUUUAUUAUCGUUUAUAUUUUCAGAAUGGUUGUAGCAUACCUUAUACAAAUACAAUGCAUUUCUUGAAUUAAUAGUAUGGACACUGUACAUAUUUUGAGACCAAUCUGAUAAUGAUCUUAAAUAAAGUAAUCAAAAAUAUGAAAUCUUACAAAUAUUUCCCCACAAUGAUCCUGACAAGAAUGUUGUAUAUUUGUCCGGUGGGGCUGCUGGUGUACCCCUGCCUCAAGGGUAGAGUAGUAGUAACACAUAACCUGGCAUUCCAUUACCUGCGGAGCUAGUAGCUUGUAUUACAGUAACGCUGACACUUGAGAUGCUACUUGCUCAAGACUUGUUCCAGUCUGUGCAAUAUCUCCUUGUACCUCAUCACCUGAGAUUGUUAUAUUCACGACGGUUGUUUGGUAGUCACUGAGGACGUUCAGGGCGUACAACACUGAGACGUCAGUUGAUCAGCAUUUAUUGAUCCAAUGCUUGCAGGGGGAGACAACUUGACAAGGCCAUACUAACGGCUGGAGCAAUACAUUUUGUAACCAUACAUAUCUUGAUAGCAAACUUGUGUUGAGGUGCAUGGUAAAAUAACAAA